AUUCUCAUUCUGAUAGACUCAGGAAGCAAUCAUGGUGCUCUCUGAAGAGGACAAAAACAACAUCAAGAAAGCCUGGGUGAAGAUUGGUAACCAUGCUGCUGAAAUUGGCGCAGAGACCAUAGGGAGGUUGUUCAUUGUCUUCCCCUCCUCCAAGACCUACUUCCCUCACUUUAAUACAAGUGAGGGCUCCGACCAGGUCAAGGCUCACGGCAAGAAGGUUGCUGAUGCCCUGACCAAUGCUGCAAGCCACCUCGAUGACCUGCCUGGUGCCCUGUCCACUCUGAGCGACCUGCAUGCCCACAAACUGCGUGUGGAUCCUGUCAACUUCAAGUUCUUGAGCCACUGCCUGCUGGUGACCUUGGCUAGCCACCACCCUGGGGAUUUCACACCCGCCAUGCACGCCUCUCUGGACAAAUUCUUUGCCUCUGUGAGCACUGUGUUGACUUCCAAGUACCGUUAAGCCACUUCCUGUCGGUCUUGCCUUCUGACCAGGCCCUUCUUCACUCCCUUGCACCUGUCUUUGAAUAAAGCAAAAGUAGGAAGAA